UGUGUGUGUGUGUGUGUGUGUGUGCGUGCGUGCCCGUGCGCCUUUUCAUGAGCUAAUACCAAAUGCAAUGCUCCACUAAUGGAACGCCAAUUGGUUCCCAUGCGGUGAUCCAUGACCUCUACCCCCAACUCUCCUCAUCGGACAAUAGCAGCCACCUGGACUAAUAGUUGGUGUGCCUUUCAGGGGUAUGGCCGACUGAGUGACAACCGGAGCAGAAGCCGGUUCGUCUAGGGGAGGUGACAACGCAUGCAAAGAGUGGACUGCACUGGAAGGAUUAAAAUAUGGAGGAUGAUCCACAAGAAGGUCAGGAUUACACAGAAAAUGUGUCACCACGCAAAAAAGAUAAAGAAGAAGAUAAAAGUGUGCAGGAUGCUCACAUGGAGGUAGCGCAGCUUCAAGGCCUGGUGGCGGAGCUGCGCGAGGGGCUCCGCGAUUGCCUGGUGGAAUUGUGCGAGCUGCACAAGAAGGACCGGCGGCUGGAAGAGAGCCUGCAGGCUCACCAGAGCGACGUGGAUGAUAAGAUUAUGGGUCUUAAGAACACGCUCAACACUUUCAAGGAGGAGCUGAGCGCUGCGUUCUUCCACAUCCACGACGUGUCCAACAGACAACAGGAGCUGAUCAAGCAGCAAGGACAGUUGCAGCCAGAGACCCCCAUCACUGUCCCACAUAGCAGGAAGAGCUCUAAGUCCGAUGUGCUGAGCGCAUCUGAGGACGAGCGCCUCUGUGCACCGGGCCAAUCGGAGCUCAAUAUCAUCCAGCGCUACUUUGGCGAGUCACCGCAGUCGCAGAGGAGUGUCGCGUCCGCGCAGACAUCCACUUCGGAGCAACAGAGAUGCUCUUCGUCCAGAAGUCCGGUGUGGGGGGACGGCAGGAACGGGAGAGAGGACACGGAAACGCCGGACAGUCUCAAUGAAAACAGUAUGAGACAGAAGGCUGCCUUGGAGCUGCUGGAGUCGGAGAGGAUCUACGUGUCCCACUUGUCUCUGCUGCUGAAGGCCAACAUCUCCUUCAACGGCUCGGAAGCGCUUGCUGCCAAAGACAAACGUCCGUUUCCCAGCUCGCUGAGGUUCCUGAUCCAGCAACACCUGGACCUGCUGCACACCCUGCAGGACCGCAUCCUCAGGCGCCAGUGGCAAGGCAUCAUGGGAGAUAUCUUCAUGAGGCUCACCAGCAAAGAGAGUGACUUCCUGGACUUGUACGUGUCCUACCUCAAGGAGCUGCCCGACUGCUUGGCCGUGGUCACCAUGCUGGCCUCCAACGCCAUCAAAUCUUCCGCCUUCCUGGAGAGUGACAUCAUGGGUGACGAGUCCAAACCCUCCCUGCACACGCUGCUCCUGCAACCGGUGCAGAGGAUUCCAGAAUACUUGCUGCUGUUGCAGGCCUUGCUGAGGCAGACGGAGGCCUCGCACCCAGACUACUACCUACUGCUGGUGUGCAUCCAGCAGUUCCGCAGCUUCUCCAGCCAGCAGCAGCACCUCCUCCAGCGCAACCAGGAGCUCCUGAUGCACAACCGCCAGGAGGUCAAAAGGUCGUCCAUGAAGCAGCUUCUGAGGACCAUGGAAGGCGGCCUUCAAGGAUCUCCUUACCCCCACAACAGCACUUUGCUGGAGCACACGAACCCGGCCAAACACAGCAAGCAGCGUCUCCUGGAGCAGAUCCAGUCCGGCCAUCGCUUCCACGAUCGGGAUCGCGCGCAGGAGCCCGAAGCCAACUGCCGCGAUGCCGAUUGGCCGCCGCCGCAGCUGCAGUACUACGGCCACGACUUGGACUUGCGCAAACACAAACCCGCAGGUCUGGGCAGCAUUCCCGAAACCGAAGCAUCCGAGCGCUCUUUCCAGCAUCACCCGCCUUCCCGAAUGUCGGAAUUCAGGCAGGUCCAGCCGGGCUCGGCUCUGGCCGACGCCUUGGAGGAGUUCCUUCUCCCACCGGACCCCCCGGGGCUGGAGUGCCUCUACGAGGAGGAAAGGAGCUCCCUCCACGAAGCGUCCGCGUUCGAUCGCUGCUCCUCGGCCUCGUCCGACUCGUCCAUCGACAUCGCCUUCGUCAAGUGUCCGAAAGCUCCCGCGACCCCGUCGCGCCACGUGCCGACAAACCGGGACGCGUCGGGCGACGGGUACAGCAAACCUCCGAACGAGGCUGUGCUGAUGCACUACGCUCACCCUCGCCCCCUUCAGGCCAGCCAGCGCAAAAAAAGCAAGUCGCUGAACGGCCUGCAGAUGGACAGCACGGCGGUGGACGGCGGCCACGCCAAGCUGGAGCGGCAGGGCAGCAGAGGUUGCGCCACACCCUCGCGCAAGAUCCACAGCUCGCCGGGGAGCAGGAAGGACGGCGAGAAGCCGAGCGACGACCUUCACGGGCUGCUUGGUUUGGACCAGGCCACGCAGCCAUGGGGCGGUGAGGAGACCCACCACCACACGCCCUUCAGCGAGCGCAGCCGCAAGCAGGACAAGGGAGGCUUUAGGAGCUCCUUCAAGAAACUUUUUAAGAAGAAGGGCGGCGACGACAAGAAGGACAAGGCGGCGGAAAAAGGUCACGAAAAUCAACAAGCGGACAUCAGAGGCACUGCGGUGUGAGCGCGUGUUAAACUGCAUCUGCACCACAAUACGCUUUGAUUAUCCACCGCACCGAAAUAAAGCGCAACAGGUGGAAGAACUAAAAUUCACAAAGAGUGAAAAAUUUACACUGCCGCAAAAGUUUUACAAGUGCAACAAAAUGGCGACAAAGCCGAAAAACUUCUCAACUCACUUCCACGUAGUUCUUUGAGAGCUGAGUUUCAAACGGGAAGGCGAAUUCGCCUAACUCAGAAGCAGGUGGACGACACAGCAAGGCGACAUUGUCAAGAUUUUUGCAGACUAUUCACAAAUGUGAACGCUUUGGCUUCAAUUUCGACAUAUUGUGCUGAUCGAAUUGUAGACACGCAUACGUUUGUAUGUCUGAGCUAGCGCUUCUGAAAUUAAGGCCAAUUUGGAUUUGUUUUUUUUUUUGUCUUUAAAGUUACAAGUAAGCUGAUGUUAAGUAUCAUUUUAUUACAAAUAAAUGUCAAAUGUAUUUCCUCACUUGGCGACAAGCGGCAUUGAAUUAUUGAAUCACUAUAAACCACGGCCGACCAAGAUGGAUUUUUUUGAGGCCGAUGACAGUUUUGAUAUUGGGCAGAGCAAAAUUCCGGUAAGUGAUUAAUGAGCCAAUUAAUUUGAAAAAAUGUCAAAUAAAUGACAAAUACUUUUCAGUCCCUCCCCCCUAGCAAUUACAGGACGAACAUUUAGCCGUUUAACAACAGUUUACCAGUAGUUUAAUUUUACAACACAGAACAGAAUCUGAAAAAAAAGGCCUUUUUAUUGUUCGCGUGUUUGAAUGUCGUUAUCUUUGUCUCAGGUUAUAAUAAAACUAAAAUAAAAUGUGUGAAAGUUGAAAAAAAAAUUGCAGAUUUUUGCCUAUUUUAAAAGCGCUAAUGAUGACCGAUUAAUCGGUUGGGCCCUAAAUCUAACCAACAAAAUGACCAUUUGAAAUAUGGCAUCGCAUUUUUUUUUUUUUAAUGUGUUAACCUCUCAUCCUCAUAAAUCUUGUUACACUUCUCAAAACAAAAUUAUAGGCAAUUGUACAGUAUGUAAAACAAACCCAUUUUUAUUUUACACUAUAUACAUGUCAUAACGUGCGUAUUGCAGCGUGAAAAAACACAAACAAAUAUGUGUGUGACGCAAAAAAUAAACAAAAGCG